AGAAACGUGACACACCAGCCCGCUCGCAGGGUUUUCGGACCGAAGGCGAGGAGCAACGCCGCGCCGUCUGCCUCCAGCGCGCCGCGGACACUUCCCCGAACUCCCCCGCGACCCCCGCGCGCCCUCAGGUCGCCCUCCACGCCCUGGCCUUCGGACAGAUUCCAGGGUGGGGUGCAAAGAAAGUUUGUGGCCGCUGCCGGUCUCCCUGCGCUCGGCCUAGGAAGCUCGCCGCCCUCGCCCGCCCGCUCUCUCGGCCUCGCCCGGGACCUCGUCCUGCCCCGCCACCGCCACCAUGAACAAGCUAUACAUUGGAAACCUAAACGAGAGCGUGACUCCCGCGGACUUGGAGAAAGUGUUUGCGGAGCACAAGAUCUCCUACAGCGGGCAGUUCCUGGUCAAGUCCGGCUACGCCUUCGUAGAUUGCCCGGACGAACACUGGGCAAUGAAGGCCAUCGAAACUUUCUCGGGAAAAGUAGAAUUACAAGGAAAACGCCUAGAAAUUGAACAUUCGGUUCCUAAAAAACAAAGGAGUCGGAAGAUUCAGAUCAGAAAUAUUCCACCUCAGCUCCGAUGGGAGGUGCUGGACAGCCUGCUGGCUCAGUAUGGCACCGUGGAAAAUUGUGAACAAGUGAACACCGAGAGCGAGACGGCAGUGGUAAACGUCACCUAUUCCAACCGGGAGCAGACCAGGCAAGCCAUCACAAAACUGAACGGCCACCAGCUAGAGAAUCAUGCCUUAAAGGUCUCCUACAUUCCCGACGAGCAGAUAGCCCAGGGCCCCGAGAACGGGCGCCGCGGAGGCUUUGGCUCUCGGGGUCAGCCCCGCCAGGGUUCCCCCGUGGCGACCGGGGCCCCGGCCAAGCAACAGCAAGUGGACAUCCCCCUUCGGCUCCUGGUACCCACCCAGUACGUCGGCGCCAUCAUCGGCAAGGAGGGUGCCACCAUCCGCAACAUCACGAAGCAGACCCAAUCCAAGAUCGACGUGCACAGGAAGGAGAAUGCUGGCGCAGCGGAGAAGGCCAUCAGCAUCCACUCGACCCCCGAGGGCUGCUCCUCGGCCUGCAAGAUGAUCCUGGAGAUCAUGCACAAAGAGGCAAAAGACACGAAAACGGCUGACGAGGUUCCCCUGAAGAUCCUGGCUCAUAACAACUUCGUGGGGCGUCUCAUUGGCAAGGAGGGCCGGAACCUGAAGAAAGUGGAACAGGACACAGAGACGAAAAUCACCAUCUCCUCGUUGCAGGAUCUCACCCUCUACAACCCCGAGAGGACCAUCACUGUGAAGGGCGCCAUCGAGAACUGCUGCAGGGCCGAGCAGGAGAUCAUGAAGAAAGUUAGAGAGGCCUAUGAAAACGACGUGGCCGCCAUGAGCCUGCAGUCCCACCUGAUCCCCGGCCUGAACCUGGCUGCCGUGGGUCUUUUCCCAGCCUCGUCCAGCGCCGUUCCUCCACCCCCCAGCAGUGUCACAGGGGCGGCGCCCUACAGCUCCUUCAUGCAGGCCCCAGAGCAGGAGAUGGUGCAGGUGUUCAUCCCGGCGCAGGCAGUGGGUGCCAUCAUUGGCAAGAAAGGGCAGCAUAUCAAGCAGCUGUCACGGUUCGCCAGCGCCUCCAUCAAGAUUGCUCCGCCUGAAACACCUGACUCCAAGGUUCGGAUGGUUAUCAUCACUGGUCCCCCGGAGGCACAGUUCAAGGCUCAAGGAAGAAUCUACGGCAAACUCAAAGAGGAGAACUUCUUUGGGCCAAAGGAGGAAGUAAAAUUGGAGACCCACAUACGGGUGCCGGCCUCAGCAGCCGGCCGGGUCAUUGGCAAAGGUGGCAAAACGGUGAAUGAGUUACAAAACUUGACAGCAGCUGAGGUGGUGGUGCCACGAGACCAGACCCCAGAUGAGAAUGACCAGGUCAUCGUGAAGAUCAUCGGGCAUUUCUAUGCCAGCCAGAUGGCCCAGCGCAAGAUCAGAGACAUCCUGGCACAGGUGAAACAGCAGCACCAGAAGGGACAAAGCCAUCAGGCCCAGACGCGACGGAAGUAAAGCAGCC